AUGCUCGCCAAGACAUUUCUCCUGCUAGCCUCCCUGGCUCUCGCCUCUGCCGCCCCAGCAAAGAGACAAGCCGGCCGCUGCGGCUCCCAGCCCGUUGUUCCGACCCUCCCCACACAUGGGAAUGGCGCCGAACUUCCCGCACCUGCUGCCGACCUUGUCCUGAAGUACCUCGCCCUCGGCCACGGUAUCCAGAACUAUACCUGCGUCGCCACAGACGCCACAACCCUGACCGCCGUCGCCACCGGUGCCCUCGCCGGCCUCUACGAUGCCCAGCCUCUGUACCCGAACGCCGGACCCGGCUCCCUCCCCUCCGUCGACGCUUUCGACGCCCUCACCACCAACACCGUCUGGGACGCACCGCUUCCGCUUGUCUCUGACGGCGUCACCCGCUUUGGCGCCUCUUCCACGGCCCCCUUCCCCGCCCCAGCGGAUCUCGUCCUCCCCAACGUCGCCCCUCUGAAGCAGAUCGGCGUGCACUUCUUUGACAACACGGGCGUGCCCACGUUCAAGGUCGGCGCCGACAUACUCAAGGGUGCCAAGCUCGACGGCAUCAAAGCUCCCUCGUCCGCUGACCCCGGUCCCGAGAAGACCGGUGCCGUCGACUGGCUGCAGUUGGGCGACAAGGGCGGCAGCAAGGGCAUCACGGCUGUCUACCGUGUCGUCACGGCCGGCGGCGUUGCGAACAAGUGCACUACGGCCGGCGCCAGCGACAGCGUGCCGUACGCCGCGUACUACUGGCUCUAUGGCCCCAAGGCUUGA